CUUCCGUUAGUCCUCUGACGCUUUGGUAACAAUGGAGCGACUGGACCAAUGCGGCGCUCCUUCCGGUUUCGUGCCUGCUCGCAGAGUUCUUCUUCUGCCAAGUUUCCCUUUGACCCCGGAAGUGAGGUCUUUCGCGUUCCUCCCUCCCCCAAAAUGGCAACAGCCGAAGACGUGCUGCUGCUGCCGCGGCUCCCCGAGCUGUUCGAAACCAGCAAGCAGCUUCUAGACGAAGUGGAAGUAGCGACUGAACCCACCGGUUCGCGAGUGAUCCAGGAAAAGGUGUUCAAGGGACUAGACCUCCUUAAGAAGGCUUCCGAAAUGUUAUCUCAGCUCGACUUGUUCAGCCGAAACGAAGAUUUGGAAGAGAUUGCUUCCACCGACCUGAAGUACCUGAUGGUGCCAGCAUUUCAAGGAGCGCUCACCAUGAAACAAGUCAACCCCAGCAAGCGUCUAGAUCAUUUGCAGUGGGCUCGAGAACACUUUUUAAACUACUUAAUUCAGUGCCAGUACUAUCAUGUGGCAGAGUUUGAGCUGCCCAAAACCAAGAACAACUCAACUGAUAAUGGCACUGCUAGUUCCUCCAUGGCCUAUCCUAGCCUCGCUGCUAUGGCAUCGCAGAGACAGGCUAAAAUAGAGAGAUACAGGCAGAAGAAGGAAGUGGAGCAUAGGUUGUCUGCACUGAAAUCUGCUGUGGAAACUGGUCAAGCAGAUGAUGAGCGUGUUCGUGAGUAUUACCUCCUUCACCUCCGAAGGUGGAUUGGUAUCAGCUUAGAAGAGAUUGAGAGCAUUGACCAGGAGAUGAAGAUCCUGAGAGAAAAAGACUCCUCACCAGAGGCAUCAACUUCUCAUUCAGCUCGUCAGGACAGGCCUCCAAUGAAACCCUUCGUUCUCACACGGAAUGUGGCCCAAGCCAAAGUAUUUGGAGCUGGUUAUCCAAGUCUGGCAUCUAUGACGGUGAAUGACUGGUACGAUCAGCAUCGGAAAUACGGAGCAUUACCAGAUCAGGGCAUAGCCAAGACACCACCAGAGCUCAAAAGAAGUACUCAGCAACAGGAAGAUCAGGAACAAAAGGAGGAGGAUGAGGAGGAUGAACAAGCUCUCCACAGAGCUCGGGAGUGGGAUGACUGGAAGGACACCCAUCCUAGGGGCUAUGGCAACCGACAGAACAUGGGUUAGCCCUCCCACAACAAGACCAAGAUGGGACACCAGGGGUCACAUCUUCCCCUCCCCGGGCUCCUGCUUCAGCUGUGUACAACAAAGGCAAAAUAAAGUGUCAAACAAUUAAGUGUUUAUCUGUACCCUAGGUGAUGAGCCAGCAAUCUUGUUUCAGCAUUCUCCUCAUCAUGGUGUAUUCAUUUUCUGAAGUGGAAAGAAAAAGGUACUGCGAAGUGGCUCUGUAUAAUCAAUAGCUGUAUGAAUUCCAUUAAAAAUAGUAAUAAUAAAAGUCCCCUAUGUUACAUGA